CAACUGUGUGGAAGUGGGUAUUUGAUGGAAAACAUGACCAGAACCCAGAAAAGGAAGACCUUUGCCUCCAAUUGUGGCACUCAGUCAUUACCCGAUCAGCUAGGAUGGGGCAUGACCUUCCACUACUCAAAACAGAGGAACAAGGAGUGUGCCUCGGUCUCCAGUGUGCCGCCAGUCUUCCACUUCAGCCCACAGCAUUAUGCAUAUCUCAAGAACCAGUAUCUGAAAAAGGCUGCUGCCAACCUUUCCUUCUCUCAGGAGGUGGGAUGGCAGCGGGGGCUGCCCAACAUGCCUUACAGCCAGUACAGCUUUAACCACAUCUACAACACAGAUAACAUCAUCCAGUCUCACCAGAUGAGGAAGGCCCAACCUGAGAAACCUGUCUGCUUCAAGUUCCUGCGUUCCUCAGGUCCCUCAGAAGGGAACACUUCCCAGGCUGUGAAGACAGAAAGUUUUGCCAAGACUAAAAAAAAGCUGAAGAAAUCAAAGCCAGCAAAUGUGGUCCAGGAAGCAUCUCUCCCCCGAAUCCGGCGUCCCUGCAGGGCUUCAGAUGAGCUAGAGCUGCCACUAUCUCCAGAUGUGAACCUGGAGGAAAGGGAAGCUUGGCUUCCACCUUGUGAGAAGGAAGUCAGAGCAUGGGAGGCCAUUGUGCUGGGAAAGCUGAACAAGCGCACGGCCCGAUGGAUCCAGAGUAAGCAACCUGUGAGAUCUGGCGUGUUGCCCAACAAGUGGCAGAGCUUCUUGCGCCAGCAGUAUGACUGGAGCCACAUUCGGGAUGAGCUCUCCUCUGCCAGUGAUCUGGAGCUUCUGAAACAGUUGGAAGCAGAAGAAACUGCAGAGUUUGAGGAUCAAAAAAUCAUCACACCCCCUCAGGAGGAAAAGAAGCCCGAGCUGCUGCUUCCUGUUUACUACAGAUUGCCUGGUUACUCCCCAGAAGCACAGACAUCUGAAAUCAUUCCUGACAACAAUAUGACGGCUGAGGAUAUCAGGGAAAAGAGAAGCACCGUGGAAUCCCCAAAGCAGAGUUACUUCCGACAGGUGAAUCCUAAAGCUGGAGAAUUUGCUUACUCUACAGACAACACCUUUGAGCAGGAGAUUUACUUUGAUGAAGUACAGAUCAUCCACCAGACUGGUGUAAAGAGGGACCAGAUUCUCCUGGAAAACUUGAAUCAGUACAAUAAGCAGCUAUCUAAGGUCUUCCCUGAAACACCAGAAAAGUGGAGUUCCCAGCCUGUUCCUGAAGCACCUUGUAAGCCUGUGAAAGGAGCCCUGCGCUGGACUGCUUUGCCCACACCGGUCAAAGACCUGCUGCUGCAGGUGGGUGAGGAGGACAUGACCAUCAGGACCAGGAGACUGAAGAAGCAGGCAAGUCCACUGAAGGAGGAUGUGACUUGGGAACUGGCAGUUCUACAGAGGAUGCUAAAGGAGUGGAAGACUGACUGGGCACUAAUCAUUGAGUGGCGCCAUGAGACACUGGAGAACCUUAUGCAGGGUUUGGUAGCCUUGUAUGAUGACAUUCGGAUCCAAGCCAUCAUCACAUGUGCCACAGCUGCUCUGGAAAGGCCCCGGUUUACCACUGACCAGAGGGACUCAGUCCCACUUAUCCAGGACUUGCCAAAGGCUCUACAGCCUACCUUGGAAGCUGCUCUUUGUGACAAAAAUGCCAACGUGAGGAUGGCAGCAGCAAUAUGUCAAUAUGCAAUACAGUCACAUAAUCCCCUUGCCCAGGACAUCAUGAAGACUGCCCUUGUGAAGGGUAAUAGUGUGGACAGCUGGGCUGCAGCCCAGUGCUUGGCUCUGGAAGGUGUUGCCACUUACCCAGUGAUUAAGAGGAUCCUCUACCAGUUGUUUAACAAGAAUAAUGAAGACACCAAGCAGCAGUCUUGUAUCCUCCUGAGAUAUCUCAGUGGGAAGACAACCCUGAUACAUACCAUGCUUGCUGUGGAGCUGAAUAGCUGUCAAUGGAAGGACCGGAUUGUGGCCUGUCAGGCUUUUGCUCAGAUCAAUGGAAAUGUCUGCUUGGAUAUGAAAAGUAAGCUGAUCCAGCUAAUGUGGAAUGACUGGAAUAAGGAAGUAAGGCAAGCAGCUGCCCAAGCACUUGGGCAAAUGAGUCUUGGGAAAGAGGUGCAUGACACAAUCAGGAUUAAGUUGUGUCAAGGAAAUUCCCAGGAACGUGUAGAGGCUCUCACCCUAAUAGCUGGACUCAAGCUCAUGACCGCCAAACUUCUCCCCAACUUUCUGCACUGCUUCUCUGAUGACUUCGUAGCAGUUCGGCAGGCAGCCUGUUUGGCAGCAGGUGCCCUGAAGAUCCAGAACAAAAUGGUACUUGAAUGCCUCCUGAAUCUGAUGCACAGAGAUCCUUACUGGAAAAUCAAAGCUUUUGCCAUUCGAGCUUUGGGACAGAUUGGGCAAGUGAGUCCCCAGCUGACAGAUCUCCUGCUCUGGGCUAUCCACUACGAAGAGUCACCAGGUGUACGACUGGAAGCUUGCCGUAGCAUCCUAGCCCUCAAACUUCAAGGGGAGCAGGUCAGGGACACAUUCCUAGACGUACUGCUCCUGGAGGACCAUGAGGCUGUUCUCAAGGAAAUUUACCAGGCAAUGAAGAUACUCAACUUAGAAAAUGAAGGAAAUCAAGAAAUGCUUCAGGAGAUCAAGAACAGGAUUGAAACACUAAACCAAAAGGAGGUGCUGACUCAGAAAAUACUCAACCUGGAGAUGGCCAUAUUAAAAAUGAAGGAAGAAGCAAAACGUGUUUACUUACAACCCAAGGAAGGGCAAAAACCAUUGGAACUCCCUACUUUUCUCCAAGAAACUUUUCAGAAUGAAGAGGUUCUUCAUAGAACACCGUCUGAGAUUUGUGACACGGAAGAAGCCAUAAAGCCCAUGUUGCCUCGAUCACCGAAUCCCUGGUUACAAAGUCCAGUAGUAGACCUAACCACACGAAGAAGUCGGUCUCCACUUGUCAAAGAUCUACGCACCAUUAGGGAAAAAAGGAUUGACAUGGGACCAUUUGGAUCUCCCAGCCCAGGUCCCUAG